AUGGGCACAACCGUGGCUACAAAUGCGUUGCUUGAACGGAAAGGAGAGAAGGUAGCGCUGGUGGUAACAAAGGGCUUCAAAGAUUGCCUCGAGAUUGGAAACCAGUCUCGUCCCAGAAUAUUUGACCUUGCCAUCAAACGUCCCGAUGUUCUUUACGAAGAGGUAAUUGAGGUGGAUGAGCGCGUCACUUUGGAAGACUACGCAGAAGAUCCGCAACGAAACAUCACUAUCACUAUUCCCCGGGAACGAACCCAGGCAGAAGCCGAUGUUGUUCGCGGCCUUUCUUCGGAAGCAGUUCGCAUACUGAAGCGUCCAUCCAAGGACUUGGUGAGAUCGCAGUUGAAAGAGGUACACAGCCGCGGGAUUAGAAGCAUAGCAAUAUGUCUUAUGCAUGGGUACACCUUUCCAGACCAUGAGGCACUGGUGGGGGAAAUAGCCAAGGAUAUUGGGUUCCGCCAUGUGAGUUUGAGCCACCAGCUCAUGCCGAUGAUUAAACUUGUGCCGAGGACCACUUCAGCCUGCGCUGAUGCCUAUUUGACUCCUGCCAUCAAGAAGUAUAUCUCUGGAUUUCAAGCUGGAUUCGAGGGUGGCUUAGGUAGUGAAAGUGUCAAACGGCAGGCGGGUGCCAAGGGCGCACGCUGUGAGUUCAUGCAAUCGGACGGUGGCCUUGUGGACGUGGACCAAUUCUCAGGUCUCCGAGCAAUUUUGUCAGGACCUGCUGGUGGAGUGGUGGGUUAUGCAUUGACAUCCUACGAUCCCGUGUCAAAGAUCCCCGUAAUAGGAUUUGAUAUGGGAGGAACGAGCACGGAUGUUAGCAGAUACGGAUCUGGUCGAUACGAACAUGUCUUUGAGACAACCACUGCUGGAGUGACCAUUCAGUCUCCUCAGUUGGAUAUCAACACUGUUGCUGCAGGUGGCGGCUCGAGAUUAUUUUACCGGAACGAUCUCUUCGUCGUAGGGCCCGAGUCAGCAGGAGCUCAUCCAGGGCCUGCAUGCUAUCGCAAGAGUGGUCCACUCACAGUAACCGAUGCCAAUCUGUUCCUUGGCCGCUUGAUCCCAGAUUUCUUCCCAAAGAUUUUUGGCUCGGAUGAAACCCAGGGAUUGGAUGAACAAGCUAGUCGGAUGUUGUUUGAGGAUCUAACCAAAGAAAUCAACCGCAAGUUGGCCAAAGGGGGCCAAAGCCGAGAAAUGUCCCCUGACGAGGUUGCCUUUGGCUUCAUCAAGGUAGCCAAUGAGACGAUGACCCGGCCUAUCCGAUCUCUGACAGAGGCCAAGGGACAUGACACCUCAAAACACAGGUUGGCUACCUUUGGAGGAGCCGGUGGCCAGCAUGCCGUUGCCAUUGCCGAAAGCCUGGGGAUUCGGCAGAUUUUGAUCCAUCGGUAUUCCUCGGUGCUCUCGGCAUACGGAAUGGCACUGGCAGAUGUUGUUGAUGAAAACCAAGAGCCCGAAUCAAAGACAUGGGUUGACGAGGACAAGGGGGAGUUCGGGAUGCACUUGAAGUUACGAGACCAAGGCUUCAACAAUGAUUCAAUCGUGUUUGAAGAAUACCUCAAUAUGCGAUAUCGAGGCACCGAAUCUGCUUUGAUGAUACUUAAGCCCAGCAAAGAGGAGGCUGAUCUUCACUUCGAGGGCGAUGAAUGGGCCUUUGGGAAGGCAUUUAUGAAACAACACGAUCAAGAAUUUGGGUUUACUUUCCCAGACCGGGACAUCAUUGUGGAUGACGUGAGGGUGAGAGGAAUCGGGAAAGGAUUCAAAAUAUCCGAGAAAACCGUGGACCAGCAGAUCCAGGAGUCCAACCCAAGGGACGUGACGGGUCGGGAAUAUCGCAGAUCUCUUGUGUACUUCGAGGGCGGUGGCCGGCGUGAAACGCCAAUUUACAAAAUCGACGACUUGAAGGUCGAUGACCGAGUGAGAGGCCCGGCGAUUCUGGCGGAUGAUACCCAAACAAUCGUGGUGACCCCAGGAGCUUCAGCACUAUUGACAAAAACCCACGUCGUCAUCAACAUUGGCGAAUCCGAUGCCAGCCAACCAAAAAUUAGCACCGACAAUGUGGAUCCUAUCCUGCUGAGCGUCUUCUCGCACAGAUUUAUGGCUAUCGCCGAGCAAAUGGGACGUGCUUUACAGAAGACAAGUGUAAGCACCAAUGUAAAGGAGCGGCUUGACUACUCUUGCGCGUUGUUCGACGCAGAAGGCGGGCUUGUUGCGAAUGCGCCACAUUUACCCGUCCAUCUCGGUAGCAUGUCGACAUGUGUACGGAUACAGGCCCAGAUCUGGCAAGAUAAACUCAAGCCCGGCGAUGUGAUCGUCCAGGGAAAGAUCGUGUUUUACGUCGCUUCUAGGGCGCAUCAUGCUGAUAUUGGAGGAAUUCUCCCGGGAUCUAUGCCACCUCAUUCAAGGGAGCUUUACCAAGAAGGAGCAGCCAUCAAGAGCGAAAAGUUGGUAUCAGAAGGCAAGUUUGAUGAGGAACGCAUCACAGUAUUGCUGUACAAAGAGCCGGCCCAGUAUCCAGAUUGCAGCGGCACUCGAUGUCUAACAGAUAACUUGAAUGAUCUCAAGGCUCAGAUUGCUGCAAAUAAAAAAGGGAUCAACUUAAUCAGCACUCUAAUCGAGGACUAUGGCGAGGCUGUCGUGCAGUUCUACAUGCACCAGAUCCAAGACAAUGCAGAGCUCAGCGUGCGUAAUCUUCUGAAAGAUGUGUGCAAUAGGUUUGCUGGUCAAGACCUGAGUGCCAUUGAUUACAUGGAUGAUGGGAGCCCUAUUCAACUGAAGAUAUCAAUAGAUGGGGACAAAGGAGAGGCAAUCUUCGAUUUCGAGGGGACAGGCCCAGAAGUAUAUGGCAAUAUCAAUGCACCGGAGGCUGUCACAUACUCAGCGAUCAUCUAUUGCCUGAGAUGCCUUAUUUUAGCAGAUAUCCCAUUGAAUCAAGGCUGUUUAAAGCCAAUUGACGUUCGAAUUCCUCCUGGAAGUCUUCUAUCUCCCUCGGAAUCUGCCGCUGUAGUGGGUGGCAAUGUUUUGACGAGUCAACGAGUAACCGAUGUCAUUUUGAGGUGUUUCCAGGCUUGCGCUGCAUCACAAGGUGAUACCAACAACCUCACAUUUGGUUUUGGGGGAAAUAUGCCUGGCGAGACGGAAACCAAAGGGUUUGGUUACUAUGAAACCAUCGCCGGUGGUAGUGGGGCUGGUCCGACUUGGAGAGGCACUUCAGGGGUUCAUACACACAUGACUAACACCCGAAUCACCGAUGCAGAGGUGUUUGAGCGCCGAUACCCUGUGAUCCUUCGAGAAUUCAGUUUACGACCGAAUUCAGGGGGCAGUGGUCAGCACUGCGGCGGAGAUGGCGUUGUGCGAGACAUUGAAUUUCGCAUUCCAGUGCAAGUCUCCAUCCUUUCCGAGCGAAGAGUCUACCACCCAUAUGGAUUGGAGGGAGGCGAGGACGCCCAGUGUGGUCAGAAUGUCUGGGUACGCCGCGUGAAGAAGCAGGAUGGAAGCUGGGGAAAACGAUACAUCAAUCUGGGGGCGAAGAAUUCCGCUCAUAUGCAGCCAGGGGAGCGGAUCAUUGUCCGUACACCAGGAGGGGGAGGAUGGGGUCAAAUCGGAGACCAGAGCCAGCUUCUCCAUCAGAAAGAUCAUCAUCAUGCUUGGCGGGGAGGCUCUAUUGCCAGCAACAUGGCAACGCAAGAGGCAAGUAUGUGA